AGGGAGCAUUCUGCAAAGUGCGCAUCCCCAAUUCGCUCCCGACCUCUCGCUCGCCCGAGCCCUAACCCUGGCCGCAGAUUCCUCGGCCGCCGCGACGAUGGACGGAGGCGGAGACCCUGUCGAAGAUUUCCUCCUCGGCGGCGGCGACGACCUCGCCAUCUUCUGCGAUGGAGGACUUGGGAUUGAGGGUGUCAGUGGAGAUGCGUGUGGAUUUGAGAAAUCUAAUUUGGGAAAAAGGGGUAGACAUGAACAUGAACCAUCUUCAUCUGGUCCAAAAUCCAAAGCUUGUCGUGAAAAAAUGAGGAGGGACAGGCUGAAUGAUAGAUUUCUUGAAUUGAGUUCGGUUAUGAAUCCUGGUAAGCAAGCUAAGUUGGAUAAAGCAAACAUCAUGAGUGACGCAGUCCGUAUGUUGGGACAACUUCGAGGUGAGGUAGAAAAGCUUAAAGAAUCAAACGAGAAGCUGCGAAAGACGAUCGAGGACCUAAAGGCGGAGAAGAACGAGCUCCGGGAUGAGAAGGUGAGCCUGAAGGCAGAAAAGGAGAGGCUGGAACAGCAAUUUAAAUCAAUUAGUGUAGCUCCCACAGGAUUUGUUCCACAUUUCCCUCAUCCAACUGCAUUCCAUCCCACUGCUUUUACUCCAUUUGCUCCACCACAGCAAGCUCCAGGCAACAAAAGCGCUCCAAUCCCCGCCACGUUCCCUGGGAUGGCAAUGUGGCAGUGGUUGCCUCCAACCGUCAUGGACACAACUCAAGACCCAAAGCUCUGGCCGCCGAAUGCAUAGGUGCAGCUACUGUUGAGUGCUGACUCAUGGUGCCAUUUCAUCCAUUGGCAAAUCAGACUAUCUGUUAGGUCUCUGGAGAGGAAAGAUGUUCGCAACUCCGGUCAUGUUUUUGCUGUAACUGUCGUUUCCAGCAGUUCUUACCAACUCUUGUUCUAUUGAGGGGUGAUGCCUGUAAUUAGUAUGGAUCUUAACCCUCCACUCGGCAUAUAUUUCCAUUGCCCUCUUGUCUCGUCUGUUAGCAUGACC